UUACGAUGGUGCAACUGUACUGCCGGACGUGUCUGCAGCAAACGAGCCACAAUAAUGUGGUUUCGGUGUUCAGCUCGCAAAAUGGGUUCGUCGUUCGUGAUGUCCUGCACGAGUUGUUCGAUAUGCAGAUCUCCCUAACGGAAAUGCUGACCACCGUCUGUAAAGAGUGCUUGUCGAAGAUAUGCACGGCAAAAGAAAUACGCAUUUGGUUCGUCGAGCAGAACCGGAAGUAUCACCGUAUGUUGAACUCUUAUGAUAGCGCGAGUCUUGACAACGUCGGAGAUGAAUGCUCCCAAGAGCUAGAGGCACUGCAAACUCACCUGUUGCCAAAGGUUCAGAGUACAACAAACGAAGAACCACCGACGGAAGCCGAUGACGUAGUGCAACCACUCGCCGUUGCGCCCUCUCCUGCCGGAAGUGACUCGAUGCCUUACACCAUCGAAGAUUUCGAAAGUUCUGACGAUCCCAAGUUUGACGUGUUGAUAGAGAAUGAUUCCACGAGCAGUGAAGAGUACGAAGUCUUACAAUUGGUGACGAAAAAUGGACCUAACCACGCUGACUUGUACGAACUCGUUCAACUGUCGCCACAACAUUCCGACGUUACGGUCAAAAUGCAGCAUUCUGACGAACACGGAGUAGAAUCUCUCGACUUACCAGAAAAGUAUGACACGGAUGCGGAUAUGGAAGAGUCGGAGCCUAUGGGUGAAGAAGAGAUCGCCGUGAAAACGAAACGGCCAGCGAAGCGAAAGCGUAGGAGCCCUACGUUGUUACCGGAAGCGGAUGAGCUGAAGUGUUCCCAGUGCGACAAAGUGUUUACAUUGGAAGGCCAGCUAAUCGCCCACGGUUUGGCGGAGCACGGUGAGGGGUUUACGCUGUACCGAUGCGAAACGUGCGAGUGUUCAUUCGCCAGCGAACGAUCGUUCCAGUCGCACUGCGAUCGGUUCCACAAGAUAUGGAAAUGUCGUUACUGCGCGAAGAUACUACACAACUCUAACUCCCUGAAGGGUCACGAGAACACGCAUACGAACGAGAAGAGCUUCGUUUGCUCGAUUUGCAAUCAACGGUUCACGCAAUACACCAGCAUGCGCCGGCACACACAGACGCACAGCGACGAAAAACGGCACGAGUGUGAUGUCUGCCACUUGCGGUUCCGGCAGCGGGGCGUUAUGUUGGCUCACCGGCGCAUACACACAGGCGAGAAACCGUACCACUGUACCGUAUGCGAAAAAUCGUUUCGAGACCACAGCACGUUUGCCAAGCAUAGGCGGAUGCACAACAAACGGCCGCCCACGGCCGCUAAAGCGAAGGAACCGGAGUAAUUUUGAUGCGCGCUGUAGAU